UUGUGUGAUUGUCUUUUAUAUGUUUAAUUUUCAGCAGUUUGUCUAUUUUAAACCUGUGGUUAAUGAGUUUUCUAAUAUUUCCCUGUUCAUUUCCUUUACUUUAGAAAACCCAGAGAAACGGAGGAAAGGGAAAAGAGUCUCUGCUUUCUUUAAGAGAGCAUGGAAGGCUGCAAAGCGCCCUUUCCUUAGCUGUGACCGGAGCAGAGUGGUUCCCUUUGAACCACAGUCGGAUGUCAAUGAUUUCGAGCAUCUGCCUGUUCCAGGUCCCUCCAGGACCGUCACAGCACAUGCAGACCUUGAGCCGGUGUUGCUGCCAGGCCAGGUCUGUGAAGAACCUCAGCCGUUGAGUGUUCCGGGCCCCUCCAGGAUCAAGCAAACAGCAGAAGUGCCAAAUGCAGAUCCGGCCCGUCCUGAGUCCUCAACGGCCCUCACAGGUCAUGUUGACACUGAGCAGAUGCGUCCGCCAGUCCAGGUCUGCGACAGUCUUGAGUCGUUGGCUGUUCCAGGACCUUCCAGGAUCAAGCCAACGACCAUCGCAGAUCAUGUUGACCCUGAACAGAUGUGUCCGCCAGUCCAGGUCUGUGAAGAACCUCAGCCGUUGAGUGUUCCGGGCCCCUCCAGGAUCAAGCAAACAGCAGAUUCGGCCCAACCUGAGUCCUCAACGGCCCUCAACGGUCAUGUUGACACUGAGCUGGUGUGUCUGCCAGGCCAGGUCUGUGAAGAUCCUCAGCCAAUCAGUGUCCAUGGCCCCUCCAGUACUAAGAAAAUGACGGAUGCAGAUUCGGCCUGUCCUGAGUCGCCUCCGUCUGUUCAAGACCCCUCUAAAAUUGAUGGGACUGAUGAAAAACCCAAGAAAGGAAGGAAAUGGAAAAGAGUCUCUGCUUUCUUCAAGAGAGUAUGGAAGGCUGCGAAGCGUCCUUUCCUGUGCUGUGACACAGAUGUAGUCCAGCGUUUUACGCCACAGCCUGAGCCCGAGCUCGAGUCAGACCCAGACCUUGACUCAGAAUGUCUGCCAGGCCAGGGUGGUAAGUCAUCAUUCUGUAAUUCGUAAUUAAUAUAAAUUAGUAAUCAGUUUACUCCUGCAAUUCUGAUAAAAGUUGCUGCUUUUAGAUCAUUGCAAUAGAUCAAGAUUUGAAGGACAGGAGUAAUUUAUUUGAACCGAUUCAUACCAGACAAUCCCAAUAAUUCUCCCUGCUUUAUUCAGGAUUU